AUGCCAGGCCUAGCAGCGAGUCUCAUGGUGAUAUUUGGAUUCAGCGCCAUGACAACAGCAAUGAUGAAAAUUAUAGUACAAAGUCUGAUUAAUAUGCAUUCAACAUACAAUACAGAUAAAACAGAAUUUGAAUAUUUAGUUAGGUUAACAUAUCACAAUCAUCCAAAAUUAAUUAUGAAACCAGAUGUGAAUGUUAAACAACUUAUUACUCAUCAUGCAUAUAUAGCAGAUAAAAAAGCAUUGUUUCCCGUGGGCAGAGCAGCAUUUCGGCGACGGUUGGUGGUGCUUCCAGCAAGACGGCGCGCCCGGGCACAAGGCAUACGUGGUUCAAGACUUCAUCCGCGACAACUGGAUUUCAUCAAAGUCGACCCUCAUUGGCGGAAUCCCAUCGGCGAAUGGCCACCAAGUUCUCCGGACUUGAACCCGUUGGAUUACUCAAUUUGGAGCAUUUUGGAAGAAAAAGCAUGCGCGAAGCCCCACCCGACUGUCGAAUCGUUGAAGCGCGCAUUGAUCAAGGCCUGGGAUGAAAUCAGUGUUGAAACGUUGAAGAAGGUUGUGGAUGACUUCCCGAAGCGAUUGAAGGCAUGUGUAGAAGCAGAUGGAGGCCAUUUUGAAUAA